UUCGGUUGUCUCCGCUGCCGUCGCGACCCGCGAGCCGCCGCCUCCGCUAAGGCUCUAGAGCACGCCGCAGCUCGCUUGGUUCCCUGAAUUUCGCUACGUUUCGUCCGAGAUCCCUUAGCGUAGCGUGCCAUUGCAGCAUGCGCCCGGUGCUGCUUUGGCCGGCUCGCGGGUUGAGGCGCCGGUGAGGAGGAGGUGCCUGUGAGUGUCGGGUGACUCCGGUCUCUUUUUUCGUUUUCCUUUCUGGUUCUGAGGCGAAUCGUGUGGAAACAUGUACGUAUGUGUUUGUCAUUUUUUUCUAAAAAAAUAAUGGGUUAGAGAGGAAGGGUAGAUUUUGUGUACAAGCUAGUGGGGGAUUGUAAAAUUGAGAUCCGUGCAUGUAUGCGUUGGACAGACGAACCUUUAGGCUGCAAAAAUCUCUGAUAGAGCAUGCUUUGUUGCUCUGUUUCAUGUAUAGAGAGAAGGGGGUUAAAGGGAUUUCAGAAGUAAGACGUAAACAAGGAGCUAAAUGAGGCUAUCUCUUCCCCGUUGUAGUUUACCAAAUGUUCAAACAAGAGCUAAAUUAGUCAUCGUGUUUCAUGAAAAACUAUUGUAAAAAAACCUGAUUUUCAGGGACUAUGUGAUGGAAUGAUAUGUCUUGGAUAUUCGAGCAUUUUUGGGAAACAUACAACUAAAAACAGUCCAUUCACAAAAAAAAAGAGCAUGGGGCAUGAUGAAGCUGUAGUUACUCAGAAUUCAGGAAAAGCACCAUCACCGGCCAAGGAUCAGCCAGCUAUUUAUCCAUACUUUGAUUGGUCGACUAUGCAGUCAUAUUAUGGCCCAGGGAUCUGGCCACCAACAUUUUUUCACGCUGGAAUAACGUCUGGUCCUGUUCCUCCCUCAUAUAUGUGGGGUCCGCAGAACCUGCCACCGGCUGCUUUCGGAAAGCCAUAUGCUGCGAUAUAUCCACACGCUGGCGGUUUCCUGCAUCCCUUCAUGCCCCUAAUGGUAAACCCAUUGAAUGCAGAGCCAGCGAAAUCUGUGAACAGCAAGGAGAACAGCUUAAACAAGAAAUUGAAGGAAGUUGAUGGGAUUGCUGUGUCAACUGGCAGUGGUAACAGUGAAAAAACAAGUGGGGAUUACAGCCUAGAAGGAUCCAGUGAUGGAAAUAACCAAAAGGCAAGCGGAACUCCCAAGAAACGGAGCUUAGAUGAUAUGACUACAUCAGACGCAGAAACAUGCGGAGCUUCAGCACCUAAUAAUAUAUCAGGAGAACCAGGAAGAUUAGCAACUUUGGCCAAUGUGCGCAUUCUAGAUACAGCAAUCAAACCAUGUGCGAGCACUGGUAGUUACUUGAGAGUUGGCACGCCAUCACCUGAAUGGCCAGCUAAGGACGAUAAGGAAUCAAAGAGCGAAAGGAGAAAGCAAUCAAAUAGGGAGUCUGCCCGGCGUUCAAGGCUCAGGAAGCAGGCCGAGACUGAGGAACUGGUUACAAAAGUAGAGUUACUGACCGCAGAGAACACAUCCCUCCGAAGUGAAAUUAGCAAGCUAACAGAAAGCUCCCAAAAACUCAGAUUGGAGAAUUUUUCUCUGAUGGAGAGACUGAAGGACAGUGCACCGGAUCAAGCACAAGAGGUGUCUGUAGACCAAACAGCCCCCGCACCGUCAGCUCGUGUCGCCAAGAACUUCCUGUCAAUGAUGGACGGCGCAGGCGCAUCGAGAAGCAGCAGCCGGCACAUGGAACGCGGCGCGCCCAGGCUCCGCCAGCUCUUGGGCACCGACCCUCCGGCGGCUGACGCCGUAGCCGCAAGCUGAUCCGCGUCGUCCUCCCCUCGAACGCAGGCCUGGUGCUUUUUGAGAGCGCCCAAGCUGCCCCGGGAGACUAACACGAAGCAGGAGGUAUGAUUUGGUCGCUGUACCUGUAAAUUAGCCCGUGCUCCAGAUGGGUUUCCGACGGCUCUGCCGAGACGCGGAUGCCUCCUGGCUGGCUGUUUUCUGAGUUUUUUUUUGUUUGUUUGACUGAACGGUAUCUCAGCUGCUGUGUUGAUACGAACUGAUCAACUGAAUCAACUGAUAUGAUAUAGAUGCUAAUAAGUAAUAACCACCAGGAAGUUGACCUUU